AUGUUCCCUCCUCUCUGGAAAUUUACUCUCCUUUGUCUCUUUCUUCUGGCCUGCACUUCGGCUGAAGUGUUGGAGCGCUCUUCCAAGCCGCAAACUCCCGACAAGGAUCCGUUUUAUGAUCCGCCCAGUGGCUGGGAGGAGAAGGAGCAUGGCACGAUUCUUCGGAGCAGGAAGGUUGACAUUGCCUUUUUCCAGAUCGCCAAGGUGAAGUACAAGGAGGCCUACGAAAUUUUGUACCGCACGUCGCGCUCGGAAGAAGACCAGCCUUCGACAACGGUCACUACGGUGAUUGUCCCGGAGAAUGCCAAGAAGGACAAGCUGGUCAACAUGAACGUCUAUGUCGACUCGAACGGAGCCCGGUGUGCGCCAUCUUAUGUGCUGCAACGCAACGCCAAGCUAGCUACAGACCCUGCGCUGAGCUAUCAGCAAGUCUUGUUCUCAACCAUCCUGGAUGAGGGAUACAUUCUUACGGUGCCCGACUACCAGGGACCCAAGCGUGCCUUUGCCGCCGGCCGUCUUGAGGGUCAUAUGGCCAUUGACGGCAUUCUCGCUACCCUCAACCUGAAGGAGCUGUGCCUGAGCAAGGACACCAAGGUUAUUGGUUAUGGUUACUCGGGCGGUUCCAUUGCCACUGGAUGGGCUGCGAGUUUGCAGCCGAGCUAUGCGCCGAACCUGAACAUGGUUGGAUGGACGUUUGGCGGCACGCCUGCCAACUUGACAAGUACGCUGGAGCACCUCAACGGCGGCACGCCUGCUGGCUUUGCUGUGAGCGGCGUGGCGGGUAUUGUGGAUGAGUACGAGUCGGUGGCUGACUGGAUCAACGACAAACUCACGCACAAGGGAAAGCAUGCUCUGGACUUUGUGAGGGAGCACUGCACGGUGGGUAUUGUGCUCCGCUACCCCUUCACGAAUAUCUUGUCGGACAGUUUCAUGAAGCAUGGCGCUCAGUUGUUGCAAUCGCCGAUCAUGAAGAAGGUGCUGGGCACGCUCAACAUGGGCGUGCGCCCGGAUGAGACGCCCAAGGCACCCGUGUACAUGUUCCAUGCCAAGUUGGACGAGGUGAUUCCGUACGGCUCGGCGCACGAUGCGGCUAAGCGCUGGGGCGACCACGGCGCCGACAUUCUGUUUGAGGAGUUUACGGGCCUGGUGAUGGGCCACGCGUCCACAGAGCUGCUCAACCUGCCCAAUGUUCUGCUGUUCAUGCGUGAUCGCAUGAGCGGAAAGCCGUUUAUUCAUGGUUACGAGCACAAGCACACGGACAAUCCGCUGGAGGACCCGGGUGUGAUUGCCAAGGGAUUCGACGCGUUGGCGGAGACGAUCAAGAAUGCCAUUGACAAUACGGUGGGUAUGGGCGACAAGCACAUGAAGGCCAAGAUUGAGCAAAGCCGUCGCAGGAGGAUAGUUUCGUAG